UGUUAUCUCUUCCAUUCCAUAUCAGUACUCCAUUAUUAUCUUACAGAAGAGAAAAACAGCACGUAAAACAUUUAACUUAAUACAAACGCAAUGUGUUGAAAAAAAAACAUUGUGGUGCAGUGUAUUUUAGUAAUUCAUAGAAGCUAGAAGGCAGAAGUUACACAAUAAAAUGGAUUCGAGCAGCUACAAGCAGAUCGCGCAGAGCUCGAAUGCGAUUUCCAUCGACAUGGACCUGCUGCAGGUGGGCUCGGAGCCGGUGGGCGUCCGGUGCCCGCACUGCCAGGAGGACAUCAUGACUCGCGCUACCUACCGAAACAAUACUACCACGCACCUCGUCGCCGUUAUACUGGGGAUAUUCUUUUGGUGGUUAUGUUGCUGCAUAGUCCCAUAUGUAACGAAGAGGUGGAAGGACGUACAUCACAGUUGCCCGAACUGCCGGAAAUACUUAGGGGUGUAUACUCGGAAGACGAUAAUAUAACCGAUCUAGCCUGAGUGAGUGUUAAUAUGUAUAUCGAAUAAGUACUUACAUAAGUAUGUACCCAAGUAGUUGCUGAAAAUCCCUGAGUAAAUGAUGAUUUGUAAUUCGUAGGAUUAUAUAGGUAGGUAGUAUUUAAGCUAAUAAUUAAUUACACUACUUAGUGAAUAUAUCUACAAAAAAAAUCUUUCUUUGUCGAUUGAAAGAAGUAGUAAGUCUAAAUGAUUUAGCUCUAUUAAGUAUGGGUAGUUCGUAACGCUACUCCUCCUACUAAAGUCUAACCACACUUCGUAAGAGGUUUCUAGGCCCCCCGCAGUGAACGUGUUAAGUGCAAAGUAGGUUGGAAAUAAUACGUCUAAUGAAGGGUUAAAUAUAGCCUACACUACUUUGCCUAAAAAAAAAUAGAAAUAUGCUUCGAUAUUGCAAGAGAAAUAACAAGUAAGUACCACAAGUACCUACGCGGCCUCCCAUAUCAGUCGCACGGUACGCGCGGGUGGAGCGGCAGCAGAGGCUCAAGCGGCGCUAAAGCGCCAGAAGUAUGCUCCUUUGGGUGGGUACAUAUUCGUACCGUUUGCAGUGGAGACGGCGGGCUGCUGGGGUUCCGACGCAAAAGAGUUUGUGCGCGACAUAGGCGCCCCCGCUCUGAAUCGUUUUUGGUGCAAAAGCAGCAAAAGUUAUCCAUAACCAUCCAAAGGGGUAACGCCAUAAGUAUUAUGGGUACUUUUGCACCAGAAACGAUAAGGAGCGGGGUUUAAUAGUUAGUUUAUUUGUAAAUAUUUAUUUUAAGUUAUCUUUUAUUAAAAUGUAGUACCACAAUA